CCUGUCACCGGGGAAACAGACGCAACCGGAGUCCUGGACUGUCAAGGCGAGUGCAGCUGGAGCUCGCUGCAUUACUUGCUUGGGUAUUGAAAUCCUGCAUCUGCAACUCUAGUGCAUCCCUCUUAUGGAUUGGUCGAGAUAACAUCAGAGGCGCAGAAAUGUAAAUGUUGCGGCUUUGUGAUACGUUUUGUUCCCGUGUUGCGAGCUGAGAAGAAUUUCGGUUGGUGGCAGCAGUUGGUUCGUGUGCAAGAGGGACUGUCACUAUUAUAGCGGGAGGUUUUCAACACGUAUUUGGAUAUUUUCUUGCAAUUUAGCAGUAUAAUUUAUAUACCAUGCACGUUGUAGACAAUCGCCGUUUCUCUUCUUUUAAUUUAAAGAAUUGAAAGUCUACCUUGCCCUGUUUAGUUUUGUUUUUGUAAGUUGUUUUUUGAAAAAAAGAAAGCCAUGGCGGAAGGAAAGGCGGAACGUGGUGUCCCGUCUCUGGUGCCUUCGUGUUCUGUUUCGCCCUCCUGGGCCAAAAAGGAAGGAGUUGAAGCUGUAUCUAACGGAGACUGUGUGGGAGAAGAGCCGGUGACUGCAGCGAUAGGUCCCAGAGCAGACACACACACACCUUCACCAGCAACAGCACCAUCCCAAGAUGGAAAAACAGGCAUCCCUCGGAGGAGCAGCAUCAUCAAGGAUGGCAACAGACAACGAAGGGAGAGAAAGAAAACAGUCUCCUUCAGCAGUAUGCCAACAGAAAAGAAGAUCAGUAGUGCUAGUGACUGUAUCAAUUCCAUGAUUGAAGGCUCUGAACUUAAAAAGAUUCGUUCAAAUUCUAGAGUGUACCAUCGUUAUUUCCUUUUGGAUGCAGACAUGCAAUCCCUCAGAUGGGAUCCUUCAAAGAAAGAAUCGGAUAAAGCGAAAAUUGACAUAACGUCAAUCAAAGAGGUUCGAACGGGCAGAAAUACCGAAAUGUUCCGCACCAAUGCUAUUUAUGACCAUAUUUCAGAAGAUUGUGCAUUUUCAAUAAUAUAUGGAGAAAACUAUGAGUCACUGGACCUUGUAGCUAAUUCUGCAGAUGUAGCAAAUAUUUGGGUUACUGGCUUACGGUACCUGAUCUCUUAUGGGAAGCACACAUUGGAUAUGAUAGUGAGUAGCCACAAUAUCAUGCGGGCAUCGUGGCUUUCAGAUGUUUUUGCCACAGCUGAUACAAAGGAUGUAGGAUACAUAUCAUUUAACAAAGCUGUGCAGCUUAUUAAAAGUCUAAACUCUGGGCUAAAAAAUACCAAAAUUGAAUUGAAAUUCAAAGAAUUACACAAAGCAAAAGGAAAAACAGGAACAGAUGUUUUCAAAGAGGAACUUAUAGAAGUAUAUCAUGAGCUUUGUACGAGACCAGAAAUAUAUUUUUUGUUAGUCCAAUUUUCAAGCAAUAAAGAAUUUCUAGAUACCAAGGACCUGAUGAUGUUUUUGGAGGCAGAGCAGGGAAUGCCACAUGUUACAGAACAAGUGAGCAUGAACAUUAUUCAGAAGUAUGAGCCAUCAAAGGAAGGACAAGAAAAUGGUUGGCUUUCCUUAGAUGGUUUUACUAAGUACCUCAUUUCACCUGAAUGCCAUAUAUUUGAUCCAGAGCACAAGAAGGUUUGUCAGGAUAUGACACAGCCAGUGUCUCAUUAUUACAUUAAUGCAUCACACAACACCUACUUAAUUGAGGACCAGUUCCGAGGCCCCUCAGAUAUUACAGGAUAUAUCCGUGCCCUGAAAAUGGGCUGCAGAAGUGUUGAAGUGGAUGCAUGGGAUGGUCCUGACAAUGAGCCCAUCAUCUACACAGGCCACACAAUGACAUCUCAGAUAGUCUUCCAUCGUGUCAUCGAUGUAAUUAACAAAUAUGCUUUUGUUGCAUCAGAAUAUCCUUUGAUUUUAUGUCUGGAAAAUCACUGUUCAGUUAAACAGCAGAAAGUGAUGAUCCAACAUAUAAAAAAGAUCUUGGGAGACAAACUGUAUACAGAGCCACCAUCUGUUGAAGACAAUUAUUUGCCCUCCCCUGAAGUCCUUAAGUACAAAAUUUUAUUAAAGGCGAAAAAGCUGCCAGAAAAUUGCACAGGUCUUGAGGGUGACAUUACAGAUGAAGAUGAAGGAGCAGAAAUGUCACGAAAGACCACAGGUGAUAAUAUAGAUCAACAGAAUGUAGCUCCCAAAAGAUUUCUGCUCUGCAAAGAGCUCUCAGACAUGGUGAGUCUUUGUAAAUCUGUACUAUUUAAGGACUUCACAGAAUCGCUUCAAAAUCAGAAAUUCUGGGAAUUUUGUUCAUUCAAUGAAGUAAUUGCUAGUAAACUAGCUAAUGAAUACCCAAAGGACUUUGUGAAUUAUAAUAAACGUUUUCUUGCCAGAAUAUAUCCAAAUCCGAUGAGGAUAGAUUCGAGUAACAUGAAUCCUCAGGACUUUUGGAAAUGUGGUUGCCAAGUAGUUGCAAUGAAUUACCAGACACCCGGUUUAAUGAUGGACCUCAAUAUCGGUUGGUUCCGUCAAAAUGGGAAUUGUGGGUAUGUACUUCGUCCUGCCAUCAUGAGAGAAGAGGUGUCCUAUUUUAGUGCCAAUACUAAAGAUUCAGUGCCAGGUGUUUCUCCUCAAUUACUCCACAUUAAAAUCAUUAGUGGCCAAAACUUUCCAAAACCCAAAGGCUCAGGUUCUAAAGGGGACAUUGUUGAUCCCUAUGUGUAUGUCGAAAUCCAUGGAAUACCUGCAGACUGCGCAGAACAAAGGACUAAAACUGUUAACCAAAAUGGAGAGAACCCUAUUUUUGAUGAGAGUUUUGAAUUCCAGAUUAACCUCCCUGAGCUGGCAAUGGUACGAUUUGUUGUUCUGGAUGAUGACUACAUUGGAGAUGAGUUUAUUGCUCAGUAUACAAUCCCUUUUGAAUGCUUACAACCAGGAUUCAGACAUGUGCCACUUCAGUCACUGACUGGCGAAGUUCUACCAUUUGCUUCGUUAUUUGUCCAUGUGGCCAUCACUAACCGAAGAGGUGGAGGGAAGCCUCACAAACGUGGUCUUUCUGUGAGAAAAGCUAAAAAGUCAAGAGAGUAUGCUAGCAUGAGAACGAUCUUGAUAAAAUCUAUAGAUGAAGUGUUCAAGACUAUUGUCCAGCAAUUGCGGGAAGCAACUGAUCUUCGAGAAAACAUGCAGGUCGCCGUAGCUUCUUUCAAAGAACUAUGUGGUGUAUCCCCAGUUUCUAAUCUAAUACAGUGCUUUAUGGCAUUGUCAACACUGCUGAACAGUGAUAACAUUCCAAUUGUUGUACUGAACCUGAAAGAUGACUACCCAUCAAUGGAGCCCCAAGGAAUGAUCCCUGAGGUACUGAAGAAAGUAGUCACUGCAUACGAGGUGAUGAUCCAGACAACCAAAGCUCUGCUAGAAAAUGGUGAUGGAGUGUGUGAAAAAAUAAUGCAAUGUCAAAGAGUAGCCAUGGAAUUCCAUGAAAAUCUGAACAAUAUUGGGGUUAAAGAAGGCCUUAAAGGAAGAAAACUUCAGAAAGCUGUCGAGAGUUUUACAUGGAACAUCACAAUUCUUAAGGGGCAAGCUGAUUUGCUGAAAAAUGCUAAGAUUGAAGCAUUGGAGAACCUGAAGCAAAUUCAUUACGCUGCAGUGUCUUGUGGUCUGAAUAAGCCAGGCACUGGGAAUACAGAAUCAUCCAAGCCAAGGAGAAGCCUAGAGGCCAUACCUGAGAAGGAGGGUGUGGAGGUUGGAGCUGGGGAUCGAGCUGCAGAAUCUCGCCAGAAUACGAAUGAAAAAUCCGUCAAAGCCGCCAAAUGAAGACAAUCACAUGGAACUUUUGUUUGCACUGGAAAGCCUGCUUGGGUUGGUUAGUUUUCGUACUUUGGCAAUUCUAAAGCACAAUUCUCAUUCUUGGUAUAUUGUGACAAAUGGAGCAUUGAAUGUAACACUUCUCCAAGUGAAAAUAUGCCACUAGUGAUGGAAAAUUACUACUGCUUUAAACAAGUGGUAGACAUGCCACUGAAUGUUCAUCUGCCAAACUAUUGUGUGUAUAUAUGAUGUCACAAAAAAUCAGUUAAAGUGUAACUUCUUUUCUAAUAACUUAUGCUGCCUUUUUACAUUCUUUUUGUAAAUGUAACAUUUCUCUAGAUAUCUAAAUGACAUGUCUGAAUUUAAAUGCAAAAUGGUUGUUAUACAGAAGAAUAUGUAAAGUAUAUAUAAAUACAAUGAAGUGUCUGUAGUGACGCCACCGAAAGAUUGCAAAGAUUGUUGAGCCAUAAGUGGAAUCAUUGUAUCGUUGAUUAUGGUCACUGAGUUUCAGUGCACUUUACAAUGACCAUUAAUCAAAAAAAAGCUGGAAAAAGUUACUGUAAAUUCUGCUCUUUAGAGAUGAUUGUUAAUGUUAAAAAUACAUUUGAAGUGCUUGUACCCAGCGUCUGGUGACCAAAUAGACAGCAGCUUUUAGCAAGUUGUUGUAAUGUGUAUAGCUAUUAUUUCAUUAAAUGGAAAGGUUAGGCUAAUUAAUUUCAACAAGAAAUGAUUUCCAAGUGACUCAGUUAGUCAUUCAGUGCAUUGCCUGUAGCCAUGAUCUUCCAUUGUGCUAAAUGUAUGUGGUUUGCUUUGAAAGAAGGGAAAUACUUUGACCUGUCUUUCACAAGAACAGGAGUAGGCCUUCAGACCCCUCAAGCCAACCCAUUAGGAUCAUGGCUGAUCUAGUUCCCCUUAGUCCAGAAUUCCUAUCACCAUCUUUAAUUUUAUGUAAUGAUCUGGCCUCAACCAAUCAUGGGGGUAGAGAAUCUACUACCUUCUAGGAGUAGCAAUUUCUACAACUCAGUUUUAAAUGACCAUCCCCCUUUCUGUAGUUGUGUCACCUGGUCAUGACUCUCCCAUUAGUGGAAACAUCUCAACAUCUACCCUGUCAAGCCAAGACCAUGAUCUUACAUGUUUGAGUAAGGUCACCCUCAUUCUUCUAAAUUCCAAGGAAUACAGACUCAGCUCUCCAGCUCCUGUUGAUAGGGCAAACAUCUCAUUCCCAGGAAUUAGCCUCUUCUAGCUCUGUGAAUUACUUGAAAAUGGUCGUACAAAAUAAAAUGUUAAUAUCAUCAUUGUUGACAGUCUUGAAUCAAUCAAAAGUUGUUGGGUUUGUUUAGAGCAAAGCAGCAACAAACAUUUGCAUUUUUAAAAAAUAAAGUCCAUGUGAAAUCCACCCAGAUUAGUGGUCUAGUGUGCAAAGUAGUUCAGUUGUUGUUUGCAGACCUUUGUUCAGGGCUUUUAGAUAUGUUGUGAUAUGGAAAAAUUCACUGCUACAUACAAGUUAUAUUAUCAAUGACAAGUGAUAAAAGACCGAAGAAAACUUUAACUAAACAUCACCCCUUUUGAUCAAAAAGAAACAGAGGAGUACAUGAAAGAUGUAUAAGCCUAACAACCACUGUACGAUCUUUCUAUCUAACCCUGAAGAUAAUUAUUUUUCAAUUGCCAAUCCAUCAAAUAUUCCAAUUUUUUCUUAAUCUUCUCUGCACUUUGAUUCUACUAGUUUACAAGACACUGCAUUAUAAGGCAAUGGCUAAUGCAUACGCCAUUGUAAUCUGUCCUCUCCCUAAACUGUAUUCUUUGCUCUUAAUAUUUAUGAUCAUUGGGAAAUAUUAUUAGGGUUCAACUAAUCUCUGUAAUUAUUUAGUAACCACUGUGAGUUUUUUUAUUCUCACAGGUUCUUAAAAUUUAUAUUUGCAGUGAGAGAGCAGACUUUCUUGUGCAACACGUUGCAGCUUACAUCCCUCUGUCCAAACUUCAUUUACGCAUUGUGGCUACAGUCAGUGAAAGGAACAGUCUUGUCAGUCAUCAGUUUUCUUGUCUUCUCUUUCACUGCUUUCAAUGUUUUUGAACAGCUGUCUGAAUUGUGCAUAGAACUCCAGGCACAGCCAUUCCUGUGUCUUGUGCACACUUCACUUGCUAUAAUUUCUAAUUUUGUUGGAAUCCUUCAUUACUUUACCUUGAGAGGAAAACAUCACCACUUGUUUCCAUCCCUCCUAACAUUUUGACUUAUUACCCUUAAAUGUUUGCGCUUCACAAACUACUUUAUUUGUAUUCAAAAAACCCUGGAAAUAAAUGUUUUGUCAUUACUAGCUGCACCCUAGCAUGGUAUAGCAGAUUUUUCAUUCAUAAUAACCCAGGUAUUGAAGUUCUAGGAAUGAAAUUUGAAUAGUUUCUGUGAGAGCAGGCGAUAACCUUUGCCAUUCAAUGAAAGCAAAAUCUAACACCAUGAAGCCUAUCUGAACCUACUGUAUAUUUAUUUGUCUUAUUAUUUACCCAGAUUUGUUUUGAGGUAUUAACUUGCUUCUCUGCUAUAUAUUUAUAUAGUCGGGGCAGAAGAUAAAUAAUUUUAAACAGGUUUAUUUUAUGAAUUUGAGUUUAUUUUCGUGGACAGAAUCCAAGUUUUUUUUUUGCCUUCUCUAACGUAAUUAAAGAGCAGCAACAUUAAUGAUCCAUGCAAAAAUCCUCCAUUGAAAACAAAUGCACAAAUUCUCUAGACAGCUGCUGUCUGGACCAGUUCUGUCACUUAAUAAAAUCGUGGCUUAUCCCCAAGUUCACUUUCCUGCUGACUGCUACAUUCUUUGAUUCUCUUAUUGUUCAAAAUCUAACUAUCUUACUUCUGUACAUAAUUAAUAGCAAAACACCCACAGCUCUCAGAUAGAAAAUAAUUAACACCAAAAACCCUCUGAGUAGAGGGGUUUCUUCUAGCCUCAUUCCCAAGACUGUGCACUCACCUUUUGGGUUCUUUGGCCUUCAGUUUCUAAACUCUUCAGUUCGAGGAAACUAUCUCAGAAUGCCUGCCUUGAAAUUGUGUCUCAGUCUUACUUACGUCAAUCAGAUUACUUCCGAUCCACCCUCCGCCCCCAACACGAGGAGGAGAUGGUCUAUUGUACUUCAUCUCCUCUCACAGAACAACUCCUCAUCCCCGAGAGUCCUCAAGUGAAAUUAGGCAAAGAAAUCUUUCCUUAGUUAUGGAGAUCCAAAUGGACACAGUUCUCCAGAUGUUAUUUAACCAAAACUCUGCAUAGAUCCAUAAAGUCUUCCAUAGUCUUAUCCAACCCACAUGAAAUGAAGGCAAGAGGUCCAUUUGCCAAAAAUACUCUAUUUAGUACUUUGUCCUUAGCUUGUGGAAUUUAUAUGGCUUUAAAAAUCCGGAAAAUCUUCACUAUUACAUUUUCCUUACUGUUUAUAUAAACAAAUUAUUUUUCAGUCACAUCCAAAAGUGGUAAGCUUGCCAUUGCAAAUUCGUCAUCUAUUAGACCUGCCACUUGAUUUUCCCCUGGAUUAGCUUAGUACAUAAAAGGAUAAAAUGUAAUGUCUGAAAAUGUGAUAGAUGACCCGUUUGUUUACCAUUAACAGAGUUUUAUCAUGUAUUCAUUUAUUUCAGGUGUCCUAAAUAUUCAAAGUUCAAUUUGUAAAGCUUAGCUUAUUUAGGAACUGAGAUCAGCAAAUUGGGUCUCAAUGUACAAUUUUCAGCGUAUCUUUAAUCUGUUUCCCAUCUUUAAUUCCUUAAACUUCUGUACAGCAUAUUCUUUAUGAGUGUCUGCAUUAAUUAAUAAUAUAUUCCAAACAAAAGUAUAUUUUCUGGCUUGUGGAAGGGAAUCAGCUGCCACUAAAUUGAAACAUUAUUACCUUAAGAGAAGUAUGAGCAAUUUAUAAGAGGUCCGUAAUAAUUUACAGUAUAUUUUCUUACAAUUGGAAGAUGCUUUAAAUAAAUCAAGUCUUAUUUUGGCAACGUCUUAACGCUGUAGAUUAUCAUGCUGAUCCUCCAUCUCUAUGGAGGACAGAUACUAGUAAGUAACACUUAAAACAUCAUUUGCAAAUCUCAAAUCAGAAGAUCAAUAUUAGGACCCAUUCCAAUGAAUUAAUUAACAAUUUAACUUUGUGAGUUUGGCACUCAUUCCUUUAGGCUGCCUGUUAAACUUAGUUGCAUUAGCUGGGUACAUUUUGUCAACCAGACCGUGUCUGAUGAAGGAGAAAAAGAUUACCCUAACCAGUAUUGCAUAUUUGAACUGGGCCACAUUUUGCCCGUUCACAUUUGAGCCUUUCAGAUGUGAUAAUGAUCAGUAUCACUAAAGGAAGGAUAAUGUUUAAACUACUUACUGUAAGCUUUGCAUGCUUAUUGAUCCAUGACUUAGUUAGAGACAUGAUGUACAAAAACUUGCACAGGAAGAUAGUUUUAUUAACUUCGCAAAACAAAGGAAAUCGAAGUUCUUAAUGCAGAUGUUUUUUUUUGUUACAUGACUGUCCGAAAUUCAACCAAACAUUUUUAGAAUCGUCCAAGUCAACAAAAUAAAGUAUUUUAUGUCACAAUUUUUAAAACACAUGCAACCUUUGUCAAGGAAUUUUAAAUUAAUGAUUUUUGAUUAGUGAUCUAUUUUACUGUAAAACAGUGAAUUUUAGAAUGCAGUGCAUAGAAUUUGUACAUAGUCCUACCUAAUUUUUGGACAUCAGAGAGAAAACUAAGGAAGGGAGCUGCUAUGUAAUUAUUUCACAAUACAAGAAAAUGGUGUCCUCCAAAUUUAAAAUAAACAAAUAAAGUAAGGCAUCCAAUCAAGUCUGGAGUUGAUAAAUUCCUGAAAGUUAACUUUAAGAAUUGCAUUUAUUAAAGACUGAAUAUAAUUUGCAGGUUGCAAAAAGUUAAUAUAUAUUUUCAUCAUAUAUUUAUAUAUGGUAUAUAAAACAAUAGUCCUGGACAUUGCAUAAGAAAUAUUAGGUCAUUAUGAUUAAUAUUAUGUAUGAUAAGUUUAACUUGAGAAAGUGAGACAUUGUAACUAGUUGUGUUUUGCCACCAUACAAAAAGACUACUGGAGUUUCUAAAGGAUUCAUAUAUAAGAAAAUACUGUAAGUAAUUAAUAGGGAGACAUACACAAGUGAUGCUUCUGAUUGAUAACCUCUGAUCACAGGAGGUCAUUGGAAAGAUUCAUUUGAUGGGAAUGCAGUUCUUUGCUCCCUGACAUUGGUUCUGUGAUACAAAACCACAGUCUGUUCACCUCUGCCAGUAAAAGUGAACUUUUAAUUAGCAUAAUUGCUUUUGAUUUUUUGCCAAAAAUUUAUUUCACUGGCUCUUUGCUAUGAUGUGACCUACCAGAUUGAGAAGAAAUGCCACUAGUUUACCUAUAAAUACAACAAUACUGUGAAGAAAUGUUGUUCUAUGAAAAGUUAAUUUGAAUUCAAUUGUUUUUGCUUUAAUACUACAUUCAUAUUAUAUAUUUAAGGUAAAAGAUGGUAUUGUCAGAUUAAAAUGCUGUUUCCAAAACAGUACUGUUGUCAUUUACUGACCUUAAAUAAUAUAGACCAAAUACUUAAUAUUAAGAGCAUGGUUUCAUCAUAGACCAUCUGUUAUAUUGGUUUAGUUCCAUGAUCAGCUGACCUAACGUGUAGUGGUUUGCAA